CGUGAUUCUGCAAACAAACUUUUUAGAGUUUUAAUUUAAACCACGUUGCAUUUUCAAUCUGGUGUACAUUUCUGUUCCGAAAGAGGUUCUGUGUUUCAACGUCGUACUUACAUAUUUACAUAUAUCUAUCACUUUCUUUUUCAUUUUUGAUCGAUCUUUCUUAUCUUUAUCCUUGCAAUGUCUAAUGGAAGAAAGAUAAAUUUUGGGGCUGGCCCUUCUAUGAUUUCAUUUAAGGUUUUGACUGAGAUUCAAAAUGAUAUGCUUAAUUACAAACAAACUGGAGUGGGUAUAUUGGAAUUAAGCCACCGAAGUGAGGAUUUCCGUCAAAUCCUACAGAAAACCAAGGAUGACGUAAGAUAUCUUUUGAAUAUUCCAGAGAAUUAUCAUGUAUUGCUUUUGCCAGCGGGUGGUACAGGACAAACUGCAGCAAUUGCAUUAAAUCUGAUGCAGCUGAAACCUAACAAGUGUGCUGAUUACUUUGUUACUGGUAAAUGGUCAGAAAAGGCUGCAAAAGAAGCUUCAAAAUUUGGAACAGUUCACAAGGUUUUACCUAAAAUGGAGAGUUAUGGCUCCAUACCUUCUUCAGAGUCUUGGAACCUAAAUGAAGAUGCUUCUUAUGUUUAUUAUUGUGACAAUGAAACUAUUGAUGGGGUUGAAUUUAAGGAUGUUCCAGAUACCAACGGUGUUCCAAUAGUGUGUGAUAUGUCCUCAAAUAUCAUGUCAAGACCUGUGGACAUUUCAAAGUUUGGUGUAAUAUAUGCUGGAGCCCAGAAAAACCUUGGUUGUGCUGGUGUCACACUGGUCAUUGUACGUGAUGACCUAACCAACGUAGCUUCACCAUUAUGUCCGUCUGUCAUUGAGUACAAGGCAAUGGUUAACAACAACUCCUGCUUGAAUACUCCUCCGGUCUUUAGUAUCUAUGUUUUGGGAGCAGUAGUGAAAAACCUGAAAGAAGAAGGUGGUUUGGCAGUCAUGUAUCAGAGAUGUAAAAAUAAAUCUGAAGCUCUAUACAAAAUAAUUGAUGAAUCAAAUGGAUUUUAUGUAUGUCCUGUUGACAAAAGUGUUCGCAGUCGCACAAACAUCAUCUUCAAAUUUGGCUCUAACAAUAGGAGGAGUGAAAUGGAGAAGAAAUUCCUAAAAGAAGCAGCAGAAAGAAACCUAGUUGGUUUAUCUGGGCAUAGGUCGAUUGGUGGUUUCCGUGCUUCCCUUUAUAAUGCAGUUACUAUUGAAGAUGUUGAGAAACUCGCUUGCUUCAUGCAAGAUUUUGCUUCAAAAAGUCAUUUUGAGAAAGAAGAUUAAAUAAAUAAAAUAAUAAACAUGCUAAUUGCAUACAA